GAGCUUUCUCCCAUACCUUGUGUCAUGUGUCAACAGAACAAUGUGCAGUGUCGACGGUACAAGCCUGGUAUUUGUGACUCUGUGACAGCGUGUAGCUUCUGUAAGCAGCGAUCGGUGUCAUGCUCUCACUCGGUAGGCUUCGCCGUGAUGAAGAGCCCGUAUCACUGUCCUAACUAUGGAGUAGCAGAUAAAGAAUGAUGCCCCAAAGCCACAGCGUCGUACUUCAGUCUCUAUGCAGCAUCCACCACAGACUCCAGAAAGCAUACACAUGCAGCAGCUCCGUCCCACUUCUAGUCCGCACGGUACUCCAAUAGCCGGGCCUUCAUCGACGAGCAGCAGCCUUUUCACCCCGGGCGCCCCGCAAAUGCUAUCUUCGGCUCCUACAGCAAGCCCGCAACUCCUCGAUACCUGCGUGAAUCGCAUGCUGGAGCUUCAGAAGCGCAUGCUUCAAUUUGGCAACGAUCUGAGGAGUCCGACGCCUGACAUGGACUCUUUACAGAAGGAACAGCGCGCCCAGAGUGCCGAGGUUGCCGCUCUUAUGGCACUUCUGUUAGCUGAGCGCGCAAGAUGACUCGUGAAGAGAAAUCUGAUCAACACCACGUGAGUUCCUUCCUCCACCAUCACAGCAACCUUUUAUGAUGAGCGUAUUCUUUUCAGUUCUGCUUCUGAAACUUAAUGAAGAAAUUCAUACCAAGCUUACCAUGUCUGAUAUUAACCCUCGUUGACAAUAUCUUUAUUAUUAAUCUUGACGAGUAUGUGGCUGACAAAAUUUGCUUAUACAGAAUGAGCCCCCAAGUCGAC